AGCGUAUACAUCACUGUUACGUUCGAGCCUUGUUGGGUAAAUAGCGCUACUCUGCCGAAUGUUCCUCUACCGACAUAGCUGCGAUCGAGUGACAGAGCUCCGGGGAAUUGCUGAUACCGCACUUAGACGGUGAGGUUUACUAAAGCAUGGCGGAUGCGGGGCCACCCCUUCUAUUAUAUCAGGAGACUGUGUCGUAUUUCUCGUUUUGUGUCAGAAUGGGACUGGCCGAAAAAAAUCUGAAAUAUAAAAAAUGCCCUGUGAAUUUUUUUAAUUUGGAAAAUCUGGAGCCCUGGUACAUGCGACUCAACCCGUUCGGUUUGGUGCCAACUUUACAGCACGGGGAGACAGUAGUGUGCGAUUCAGAUAAAAUAUUGCGUUAUCUCGACGAAGCCUUUCCUGAAACAACCUGUCUCUGUCCAGAUGAAUCAACUGACGAAGGACACAUGUGUGGAUACUAUAGGCGACUCAAUGACAAGAUAGAUAUCAGAAUGAUUACGCUUAUCGCUCCUAUGUUUCCCCGAACAACUCAGGUCACGCCAAGAAAUCCGCGGUUCUCAGAAACCAAUGCUAAACAUAUGAAAGCAAAACGAGAUCAUGCCGCAACGCUAUGUGAAAGAUAUGCCAACAUAUUUCCAGAUCUCGCGGAAGUAUAUCUUGAAAAGAAGAAUUCGGAGUUAAAAGAAUUGCCAGGAGAAGAAGAAGUCCAGAUGGUAUUACGUGUUUGUGAGGACGUGCUGACGAAAUUUCAAGAGGAACUGGCGAGAAAAAGUGAAAAUACCCAAGAUGUGAAGGAACAAUGGCUAUGUGGAAAACGUUUUACAUCGGCUGAUAUCUACUGGGCUGCGACGCUACAUCGGCUGGAAGAAUUGGGAUACGAUAAGCGUUUCUGGGCAGAUGGACAGCGCCCUCACAUCGAAUCUUACUAUGAACACAUGAGAAGUCGUGUGUGUUUCAAAAAAUCCGAACCUUCUACUUGUAUUUCAUGGAUAGGGGAGAUGAAACAGAAAUUACCAUGGGAACUCGCAAUCGGGGCUACUGUCGUUGCUGUCUGUGUUUUUUACACAUUCAUAAAAAGCCGGCGAAAUGUUGAAUGUUUCCCAUCAAAGUGUGUCGAAGAAAAAAUUUGGGUCUGGAAGGAAUGAUUACUGCAUUCCCUUAGUUGCCUUAGUUACUCACGGGGGGGGGGAUAUUGACACAUGGAGCACACCACUAUUAUACAUACAUGACUCAAAGCUUUUGAAAUCGCAGUAUUUUUGGCGAUUGAUUUUGUCAAUUGAACAUCGAGUUACAAUUUGGGCGUGUUUUUGCAAAAGUUGGCGUGGUUUCUAAAAUAUGGGCGUUGUCAUUUUUGUAACUCGGUGUUCGUAAUUUGAUGUCCGGAUUUCGAACAAUUCAGCAUCUCAGCCAAUUUAUAUAUAUAAAUAAUGGAAACUUGCCAAAUCCGAAUUUGUGUAUUUUAGAUAAACCAGUAUUUUUACAACCAUCAACCUCCAUAAGAACUUCAAUUGUUAUCGCAGAUGAACUACUAUAUGUGUAUCCUCUUUCGAAUCACGAUCAUUUCAAAUGGAUACAAAGGAUUUAGUUUUUUUUUAUUUUGCGUGAAUAUGAAAUUAUUUAUCAUAAUGUUGUGUUUAUAAAUUAUUAUUAUAAAACUGUAUGGAAUGAUUACGUGCGUAAGCGCCCUCUAAUAAAAAGAAACAUACAUGGCUGCCAUCAGGGUAUGACCGCCGAAGAAGUUCGCUGAUUCUGUUCUAAACAUGUUGGAUGUCGGCAUUCCCAUGAUGUAUUCUUGGAAGGAACAGAUGUAUAAUAUACUCAGACAGUACGCUGUCGCAUCAACCUCCGCUGCGCGUCGGUCGAUACUCAUGCCGUACUGUCUCUGUGCAUACUUUGAGGUAUCCUCGUAACCUCUUAUUAGUGACUGUUAUACCCGCAUACAUCAUAAUUUGAUUGACUGAAACACGACAUUGCGUUGUAGGGUGGUUCAUACUAAGUUUGAUGGUCCGAUUUUUGCUUACUUAAAUUAGUACCGGUAAUAUACUAAGACAGAGAAUGUGAUAAUAAAUUGCAUACGAAGUCAGUUGUCCCUUUUAAUUUGAACUUGAUGUCCAUUUUGUAUACAAGUACAUAAUUUUAAUAUUAAACAAACAUAUUUAUAUUUUUUCAUUUGGCGUAUCUUGACAACAAAAAAGCUCAAAUGAGACAUUGGUAUAUUUAAUAGUAACUGUCAAUCUGAAUAAAGCAAUGGAACGACAUUGUUGCUUUUCGACAGCUGCGAUGGACUAUGAGAACGUAAAAUGUAGUCAUGAUUUCGCUGGCACGUGCAACUGAGUGAACUGUGUGCUAUGGGGGUCCGUACAGGGUAACUUCUAGUCGGUAUAGAUAAACGUGAAGUGGCCAAGUGAACAUCAUAUGGUAGUUAUCUGUGUUAGUUGGAUCACUGGCCGUAUCCAUCACUUGACAUAAUUGAACUAAUUUCUCCACGCCUGGGACAGUCACGUAUUGAGAAGUUUCUGGCAAUCGUAGCUUAAAGGGCGGCAGUCGUCGCGCUGUGUUAAUAAACAUUGAUUUCCCACAAUCCAAUGCGCUCUUCUAAUGGAAAUCACAAGUAUGAGAUUUGACCUGGGCGCGACUUUCACUAAUUACCGCCGGUGACUCCCUCGAUACCUUCCAAUCACCUAAAAAGCCUAAUUAAAGCUUGGUAACGUCCUAGUUUGUACUUGUACUUGUACAAAGUCGCCACUUGAUUUAUAUGAGGCCCUUACACCUCGCGCAUGCGUGGUGAGACGACUACCGCCCUUUAAUGUGUGGUUCAUUUAUUCCCAUUUGCCAAAUCAACACAGCCUUGUUCUCAAUUAUUAACGCUUUCGUUUCUGGAACUAAGAUCUAAACGUAUUGAUUAUAUUGUUAGAAAAACUGUCAAUAUGAUUAGUUAAGGUCGGACGAAUUCCUUUUGUGCGUCAGUGUGUCCGCCCGUCAUUUCUUGGACAUGGGUGGACCGUAAGUGAUAUACAUAGUAUGCACUUUGGUUCUCGUGCACUUCGUUUUUCGUUUCGUUUUUGUGAAAAAUAAAUGGAUUUUAUACG